GCCUCUUCUCCAGGCAUCCGCCCUUACUACUAUAUUUUAUCAUCCUUUCCACUGUUUUCGUCGUCUGCUGUUCGACUCGCGAAUAGAAUAAAACAACCUAAAUGGGUGAAUACAGACCACGGCUCGUAUAGAGCCUUUUGCAGCAGUGAACGCAAGCUUCAAUGGCGGUCGCAGCGCAAGCUCGUCGAUCGUCGACUCCGUACGAAUACGAAGGCGACGAUAAUGACGAUGAAGUGUGCUGAGUGACAUAUCAAAGCCCCGUGCUUCAGCUAGCCGAGCGGAGCGCAUACUUGAUGGCACUCCGGAGUGUUACAUAGAGAGAGUAAGAGGGACACGCACGAUUCUACCGCUGUUCAUCUUAGAUAGCAAGCACCCAGACACCCACAUCGUAUGAGUGGUAGAGCUGCUGCUGCUGCUGCUGCUGCUGCCGCCGCCUGUGGGGCCACCGAAUCCAUCAAAUUGUAUAAACAUCCAUGGAGCGCCACUAGUGUAAGCUUUGAUUCUAGCCGGUCAAACAAUUCGAACACAAUCAAAUGCGGCGGACCAUGCUGCUGUCGAUUGUCGUUGUCGCGGAAGAGACGACAAGACAGGGCUCUCGACGCUCUACGUGACGGACGAGUUUCGGCGGCCAUCAUCGACACAGUGUAGACGUUAGCCCGCAAACGUAUUCUUUUAGCGGGGCCCAUUAAGUCCAGAAACGGUGAAAGGGCCAGGAGUAAACCGCUACUGAUAGUGCUGUUAUUACAAAUGGCAGCAGCGGCGGCGGCGGUGACGGCGGUAACAGCAGCCACCAGUAGUCAGCAAACUCUGAGGAACGUAGUACAAAGAUUGACAGACGCAGGGUGGCAGUACUGCGGGCAAGGUUUUCCGUCCGAUCGUAAGGGUGGUCCGUCCGUUUAGCCCAGCUCAGUCAGGCCCAGCUGCUAUCGGCAACAGCAGUAGUAACAAUAGGGUCGUGAGAGUGGUAGGUGACCGCAGAGGUCUACUUUCCAGGCUAAUCUACUUCUCCGCUGUUCUAUACAUUUCAGUCGACAAUGACAGUUUCCAACGCUUAGAUUCGUGCGUUAGCAAGGCUAAGUGGUAUAAAACAAUGCAACGAGACGAUUAGAAAACAAGCGGCAGCAGUUAGUAAUGAGAGAUUGCUGUUCCUCAGUGUAUCUGAUUGCGUGUUUGCUUUUCUCAAUGUGCAUUAUCCGUCUCCGUUGAACGGCGGCUGCCAGUAGCAACCAUAAACAGCAUAUACAUAAGCAGCAUCGAGGAAACGUCAGCAGUAGCAGCACCAGUCGAUGCAACGACAGCUGCAACAGAAACGACGACAACGAGCACUAUAUAAUUGCUGUUGAUGUUUAGCUCAGUACAAGGAUGGACACCUGAAAAGACUAGACUAAAAAAAACGAACGGAAGAAUAAAUAAAGGGGACGGGAGUGGCACGCUUGGAGGCAAAUAAGUUGGCCGUCCUGGAUUGUGUUAUAGCAACGUCGAUUUAACUGAAGUGAAAUGAGUUUAAGCUCCUACAACCAUGUGGUAGCCAGUGCAAGCUAGUGUAAUAUUGUUAGCGUUAUUGAUCACAAACUAGUACCGUCCUUUCUGUGCGAGUGAAGGGAAAUAUGUCGGACUCUUAAAAUGCCAAACAACAAGUAAACUUAUCGAGCGGAAUAUAAAUCAUACUUUUUGUUGAUGACAGAGGGUCCUCCGUCGCUUUCCUUUUGGUGCUCUUCGUGUAACUGUAGGCAAAAAGAAGAGCUUAGUAACUUGCGGGUGAUAUAUGUGUAUACCUCUAUGACUAAUCGGGUGAAGAGCCUGACAUUUAAGCUGCCCUUGACAACCCAGUUCGCUUCGACCGGGAAACAGUGACGCUGGAUAGAGCAAAUUGGUUUUGACAGCAGUAAGACCGAGCGCGCUGUAGGAUUAAUGAAGAUAGCCAACGGCUUCUAGCAACCUUCGCUAUCAAAUUUUGGCGAUUGUGAUGAACGGUGAUGCAUAACAGAUUUUGCUGGUUCACUACGGCUCCAUGAACUGUAGCAAUAAAACAUUAUUCGAGUAUCUGCAUAGAUCAGCGCCCAGCAAUUUACUCUUCCUGCAGUCAACGGAUUGGCCGAAUGGAGUCUCGGGUCAUUGGUAGCAUUAGCUAGUAACAACCCAGGGUUGUUUCUAGUGUAUGUUGUCCUGGGUAGCGGCGAGUUGCAACUGCAAUUAUGUAUCUGCUCCUUGCCCCGCUUCACGUUUGAUGGGCUGAAAACGGAACAAGACGGGCGAGUGUUGUUUGCUUGGAUCCAAAUAAGCAAACACAUGCAAUCAGUUACGACCAACACCCUUCCAGCGAAACAAACUCGUGACGCCAUAACGGCACAUUGCCGACCUGUUUUUUGAGCCCACGACGACCCGCGAGCGCCAUCGCCAGAGCGAAAUCUACUUUCUCUAUGAGUGCCCGCCACCGAGCAGACCGCGGAGUUGUUCCAUUGCCUCCUCCUGCUUCUAUUGCUGUCGCUGCUGGCGCUGCCGCCGGCGCCGCGGUCUAUGCUGCUGCUGAAAGGGGCCGACUCCCGCUCCUAGGCAGGCUACUAUUGCUGCUGCUGCUGCUGCAGGAGCAAUUGUCGUAGCCGCAGUAGUUGUUGGACGAUGUCGGCUCAGUGUCGGACGGAUCGAAUGCGACAAGUGACUGGCGGUGUAACGUCGUUGAUCGUUUGACGUCGGUUGCGUAGUCGUGUCUUUUGUGCUGCUAAACGGCCAUGACGACGGCGAAAGCACCAAACGACCAUAGUGGUGCCUAAGUUGAGUUACAAACACAAUCGGAAAGAAGUCUUUUGGGAGCAAAACGUUGCUUAUCUAAAACGCCGGCGGUUCAUCACGGAGUUUAAGAUAAGCUAGCAAAAAUUAAGGUUUUCAUUGAACAUAGUUUUAUACGAAUCUAUCUCAUUCAAAGCAUUGAGUCUUGUAUGACCUAAGGUCGACUUGUAGGACAGUGUGUGCACGGACUUAACCUGUCAAAAUGCGCAUCCUGUUACCACCCUCUCUGUAAACAGGGUCCAUCGGUUAUCCAGGGUCUCUUCGUAACUCUGAAGUGCGGGUUAAGCGCAGUGCAAGGUGCAAGAAGGCAUGGCUCCCACUGGCGCCCAGCUCAAGUUGGUCUGCGAUUCGUUGCGGAACCAGAGUGCACCGUUUAUCUGUCCUAUUGGCGAGUGCGGCCGAUCAUACAAAACCCUGUCCGGAAUCCAGUUCCAUAUCUGCAAUACGCGCCAUGAGGCCGAUGCAAUCAUGGCUGCGUGCGAACGUGCACGCUCUCCUCGUAAAGAGAGUCACAAAGAGACUAGUAACAAUAACAACAACAACAACAACAACAACAACAACAACAAUAACAACCACGUCAGUAGCAAUCCAAACAUUAAGGAGAGCACCCAUCAUCGAGGAGUUUUAGACUCGGGUAAAAAUAAAACAAAGCUCGCCACCCUUAACGGCAACAGCGCACAGGUCGGGACAAUUCCUGCUGACCGAAACGCAGAAUCAGGUACAACGAAUAUAAAGGGUCCAGGCAGGGCGGACACCCCUCGCAUUGCCGUGGGCUCCUCUACACUGCCCGGUGCGUCUUUGGGAAGCGGGACGGCACAACCGCGCGAGGGCCUGACAUAUGCUGAAGCACAGAAAGUCGUCGAAAUUGAUGUCGAUGGCGGAUUGUACAGACUCAAUAUCGAGGAACCUCUUAGUGUAAUUCUGAGCGACGAGGCGGACUUGUUAGGUCAUAGACCGGAGGGUGCGCGUCAGCCGGAUAAACCACGCAGUCCUCACAAAACAGCGAAAAGCAAGAAGGCGCGCUCGAGCAAGGCGGGAGCAAAACUAGCAGGUGCUUCAGAUGGUGGCAAAACCGGUGGCGCUGGAGGCGUCCCGGUACGGCUUCCAGAAGCUGUUGUAUCGCUAGUUGAAGAUUACGAAUGCUCAGAUGCACCCCAGCGGCCUGCCACUUAUUACCGAUUUUCGGAGAAGACGCCUGAGGAACUGGACGAAAUGGUGGAGUAUGAUAUGGACGAAGAAGACACCGCCUGGUUAGAGAUUAUUAAUCGCAAACGAAAGAAACAGGGCAUUCAGUCAGAAGUGACUGGUGAUACAUUCGAACUUUUGAUGGACCGACUCGAGAAAGAGAGUUACUUCCAGGCGCAAAAUGCGCCGCCUGGUGGUGCUGGAGGCAGUGGAAGCGCCAUCGAUGACGACGCUGUUUGUGCGAUCUGCCAAGACGGCGAAUGCCACAAUGCUAACGCCAUACUCUUCUGCGACAUGUGCAAUUUAGCUGUUCACCAAGAAUGCUACGGAGUACCGUACAUCCCCGAAGGCCAAUGGCUAUGUCGGCGAUGUCUACAAUCGCCAUCACGGGCCGUCGACUGUGUCCUGUGCCCAAAUCGCGGCGGCGCUUUUAAACAGACGUCCGACGGCAAGUGGGGUCACGUUGUUUGCGCGCUGUGGGUUCCCGAAGUGUACUUUGCCAACACGGUGUUCCUUGAACCGAUUGACAACAUCUGCAACAUUCCGGCGGCUCGUUGGAAGCUAACCUGUUACAUCUGCAAAAAACGCGGUCAGGGCGCGUGCAUACAAUGUCACAAGGCCAACUGCUAUACGGCUUUCCACGUAACUUGUGCACAGCAGGCGGGGCUGUACAUGAAGCUGGAGGAAUGCAAGAGUGGCGAACAAAGCGGAGUUCGAAAGACGGCUUUUUGUGACAGCCACGCGCCCGUGACAUAUAAGAAAGUGGACAAGAUGCGCAGCGCACGGAAGAUUCUUCAGGAGCGUGCCAAAGCGCUGCCAAUCGUCUCUAUUCCAACGAUACCGGAGGAGCGAAUGAUGCACGUUGCUUCACUAGUGUCAUUACCCCGCAAGGCUGAUUUUCUACAACGUCUAGUCGGCUAUUGGACACUGAAGCGUCAAUCGCGUAACGGUGUGUCGCUAUUACGUCGACUGCAGAUGUCCCAUCUCAGCAGCAGACAUAAUAGGAACGAACCGGACCUAGACGGCGCAACAGUGGCGAUGCGUGAUCAACUCAAAUACUGGCAGCGGCUACGACAAGACCUGGAACGCGCACGGCUACUCUGUGAACUCAUCCGCAAACGCGAAAAGCUCAAAAGGGAACACAUUCGUCUUCGGGAGAGCCAUUUCCUUGCGGAAAUUAGCCCAUUACCGAAGGCGCUUAACGAACUGAUCUCUUUGCUACAGGAGAAGGACCCGCAUAAAAUCUUCGCUGAGCCUGUUGAUACCCACGAGGUGCCUGACUACCUCGCGCUGAUUAAGGAACCUAUGGAUUUCUCCACUAUGCGAACUAAGGUCAAUAAUCUCGAAUAUCAGUCCUUCAGUGACUUCGAACGAGACUUCAACCUUAUUGUAUCCAAUUGCAUGACGUACAACGCUAAGGAUACCAUCUUCUACAAAGCGGCAAUCAAACUACGUGACCGUGGCGGACAGGUCAUUCGGACCCACCGCGAAAGUCUGUCGGUGAACUUCGAUUACAGUACGGGCCGGUUACGUGCCAACCCGCUUAUACGAGGCAGCAUAGAAGUCAGUGGUGGAUCGAACAAUAGUAAUAAUAAUAAUAGUGAUGGCGAUUUAAUAACGCCACACCCUCACCCUUCACCGCCAUUGAACUCAACGCGCACAAGCCACCGACGUUCAGACGGAGCUGCCGAUAGCCAACAGCUGUCGCCUGCCUUGAAGGUGAGCUCACUGAGCGUGCCGGACUUCCUUCGGUCGGAUGAAUUUCGCUCACUGAACCUCCAGUCUCAAGUGAGCGCAGUGAAGGGUCGGCAACAAAUGGUGGCUUUGGAAGAUGCCUCACCUCUUCGCACGAAAUACCAACGAUUGCUUCGCAGCGAGCUUGUCAAGCUGCGUCGGAAGCUAUCUCUCGAGAAAAAAGCCACUGAGACAGCAAACGUUAUCGACUCCGAGCAACAACAAAGUCAGCCGAAAGAAGAGGUUGUGGGUAUUAAGGAGACAAUGUCUGGCCAAUUGGACGAUAAUGAAGAGUCGGGCACUGAAAGUGAUUCUACGGUCGAAACAGAUCAGCAGGCAAAUGCCGCUGUGACCGUGGGUAACGCGAACCUUCAUCAGCAACCACCGCACCACAAUCAUCAUGGCAGUAACAAGCACCAUAGCGCUGGAGGAGGUUCGCAGCCAGAGAAGGAGUCGUUCAAGCAGAUGUAUCGCGAAAAGGGCAGCGACGAUGAGGAAGACGAUGAGGGCCGUAACGAGGAAUCGGAGGACGUUGAGGAGGAAGAAGAGGACGAAGAAGAUGAGAACGACGAUGAUGAAGAAGACGACGACGACGACGAGGAGGGGGCAGUCGGAGACGAAGGGGCUGAGGACGAUGACGAGAACGAGGUUGAAGCCGAUGUUGACGGCGAAGAGAUCGACGACGAGGAAGAUGGGCAAGAAGUUGGUAAUGACGAUGAUGGUGAUAUAGAGGAACAGGAAGAAGUUGACGAUAGCGAAGAGGGCGACGCGACAGAAUCCGACUUCGGUGGUGAAACAGUAGCGGUAAUAAAUGCGCGAACCGCUAACAACAACGGACCAGCUCGAGACAAUAACGACGAGGAGGAGGAGGAGGAGGAAAGCGAAAAUGGCGAUGAUGAUGAUGAUGAUGAUGAUGAUGGCGAUGGUGAUGAUGAUGACGACGACGAUGACGAUGAUGAUGAUGAUGCUACAAAGGUUCAUGCUCAACAGCAGCAGCAGCAGCAGCAGCAGCACCAACAAACCCAACGAGGGCCGCUGGCGUCGACGUCAACACCGAAAAGGAAAGGUCGGCCACCAAAAAAGGGUCGCGGAGGUGGUGCCGCACGGGGCGGGGUUCCGAGAGCGGUAGGGAGGGUGGGCAGGCCUCGCCAAAGUGGCAAGGCUACGAAUAACGCUCGCAUUAAUAGCAACAGCAGUAAUAAGAACAGCAACACUAACAACAAUGCGACCUCAAACAUCAGCAGUAAUAACAUGAACAUCAAUAAUGACCACGAGCCAUCGCAAAAACCCUGCAAAACUAAAGGUCGAAAGUCAGCGGCGGCUAGCCGAGCCGCCAAGCUGAACGUUAGCAGUCAUAACAAUAACGAAAAUAACAACAUCGAGCGUGGUGGCGCUAGUAGUGGUAACAAUAGUGAGCCUGCGGACGAUGACAUUGACGGGCUGAAGGAUGGUGAGGGGGGGUUAGACGAGCAAAAGCUGUACGAAAUACCGCUCGAGCCCCUGGAUCUGGUGUGGGCCAAGUGCAGGGGCUACCCGUGGUAUCCCGCCCUCAUUAUCGACCCGGAUGCGGCAGCGGCUAAUGAGCAUGAAAACACUGGGGCCGCACAAGAUCGAAAUGGUGGCGUUGGGGGUAUUCGAUUGGGAACAGAUUCAGGGGGAGCGAGCGACGGUAUAAGCAUUCCUGCUCCACCACCACAGGUGUUGCAGCUGCGGCCGCGUAACAGGGAACGGCAGCGGGACCGAGAGCCGCGGGACGGCAGCCAUCGACCAGGAGGUGGCGAAGCCCAACGAGGUAGCCCGCAACAGUUGUUACAGUUGUCGUCGGGCGGGGCGCUCGGAGGAAGUAGCCAGCAGCUGUCGUUGCAGCAACAGCAACAGCAGCUAUUCCUCGUGCUCUUCUUUGACGCCAAACGGACGUGGCAGUGGCUGCCGCGUAGCAAGCUCGUCCCGUUAGGGCCGGACGCUGACACCGACAAAAAGAAGCUGCAGGCAAGCCGAAAGCCGGCUGAACGAAAAGCGGUAAAAAAAGCGUUCGAAGAGGCGAUCGCGCAUCGAUGCCGUGUGGCACGCGCCACAGGCGAGGAUCCUAUCUCGUAGAAAAGAGUCAAAGACGAUAAGUCAUCGGCAAAAGGAUUGCGAUGUUGCUAGUGUUGGUGACUUGCGUCUUGCCUCGUAGCAGUCGUCGCAGCAGCAGGAAAAAGUAAUCUUCCACGUUUGUUUGUACAUCAAAUCUUCGAGCGGGGCCAACACUUGCAACACGGCUGGAACACACGUGGAACGUUAGAAGUAGCGUAAAGACUAGCGAUGGUGGACGUGUAUUGCGGUAAAAUUAGAAGCAAAGAUAUAAUGUACGAUAGCUUGGACCUGUGGCGACGUGUACUUGUUCCAUACAAGUAGCGUUACAGUAGUCGAAAGUGCACUCCUUCCACGAUGACGAUGGCUGUCGAGAAUUCUAACGAGUCGAGAAGGGUUUUAGCGUCUCGUGUUGAGCCUUGUUCACACGCAACACGCGGGAGUUGCGCGAGUCUCAUUCGUAGAAGAUCGACUUCGAUCAAUUGCCAGCAACUGAAAAAAUAAUCGAUCAUACGUUUGACCUUCAAUAAGCUCAAGACUACAUUAGAUGUUACAUUCGUCGUAUGUAAUUCGUAGUUUAUGCGUUUGUCGACCGAAUACUUGCGGGCUUCGUGUCGUUUUGCAAGUGCUACAUUAUGACAUUGUAUAAUGAAAGUGUUUGUGUUGGGUUCCAGCAUCAAGCAAGCGAGCGGUAGCCGUCCGCAUUAUUGGCGCUACUCGCCUGCAUUUGUAGAAAAUGUGAAUUUCAUCUUGGCUCAUCAGUCACUCCUCACGUACAUGUACAUUGAUUGAUUGAUUGUAAGCAAGCAACAAUUGAAGUGACUCGUGCCUGUCAGGGUAACUAAUGGAAAGAGUGAAUUUAUUCCUAGCAUUUUUAAAAACCACGGCAACAACAGGUCCUUGCAUAACUGUAAAAAAUGUAUUAUUUCAUAAAUUAUUUAUUAUGCGCUUCUUACUAGUGUCGUUCACUUCCCAUCUAAGUAGUCUGGGAGAAUCGGCAAAGAGUUAGUCAUGUGGAAAUUAUUCCCGAUGUAUAGUUAUUUAAUUAGUGCUGAAUGAGUACAACACGGUGUUCUAUAUUGCGAAGAAUGCAUUGAUGUAAAUUAUAUACAACGAAGAUCAAACACAUAACGCCCGUAGAUUUAACCGAAGGUAUUACAAAGUUUAUACUUUUAUGAAGCGGUAAGGCCAAAAAAUGCAGUGUAUUGUUCGCAUUACGAUUACCAUGAUUAUCGAAGUUUCUUAUUCCCGUUCAGGACGAACCAGACCGCCAACAACUAACGGCCAACUAAACGGCAUGAACCUUCUGAGGCAAUUUUCAUCAUUUUCUUAAAUGAGAAUGAAAAUAAUAAACGUUCUUGUUUUCGACAGCGGCUGCAAUAGCCUAUUUCAGUUCACAUCAUAUAUGUACGUAUGUAUGCAUACGUACAUACGUAUGUGUGUAUAGGUUAUUGUAUUUCUUUUGGAAAUUAUGACAGAAACACUUAAACUAGUAAUCCUAUCAUCGAAGCGAAGCGAAGAACCUGACCAUUUUUAACAUCACCAGCAAGAGUUAUCGUUGCAGCGGUGCGUGUCAGUGACUGACGCGCAGCGAAGACUUUAGCCUCAUCACUCGUCGUUGGAGGACAGGCUGUCAUUUGUCAGAUGCUGGCCAGAGGCAGAAGGCGUACGAGCUCUGUCUGCUUGCCUUAAAUUUAUCGACCUCCAUUACUGGUCCAACAAAUUAAUCGCCGGGCGCGACAGUAUCUCCCUGCAACUAGUCUCUCUUGGUACUGCGACAAUCCUCCUGUCACCUGUGAAAGAUAGCUAGGCCGAUUAAAGAAGCAGCAUUGAAGCAUAUAGAAAAAUACUAGUUGCGUUAUAGUGAUUAUAAUAAUAUUGUAAUAAUUGUAACAGGAUGAUAGAAGUUCGAAUAUGAAGACAAGAUGUGUGUAUUACCUAAAUGAAGAGAUGAUUUUAGGGACUGACAGAUAACUGCUUGUCCUACAUAAAACAACAGCAGUUUAAUAUAUCAAACAACCAAUGAAGAAAAUAAACAUUAAGCAACUGACGAUGGAAAAACUAAAAUAAACGGUGCGAUAGAAGAUAACCACAUUAAAACAAUAUAAACAGAAAUUUAAAAAGUGAAGAGAACCUUUGUACAUAAAUUGAAUAAAGUAGAUGAUAAUAAUAAUGACGAUGAUGAUGAUGAUGACUAUAACAGGAACUCGAAAGAAAAAGCAGGUAUUCUUCCAUGAUAGAAUGACAAAAAUGAAGUGAUCCGCAUCCUAACAGUCAAAGGCCUUUCUCCUUUUAGAGAAGUGCCGAUAGGGACUUUCUAGUAGUUGUGGUGGUUGGCCCGUCAGCAAGUUAGGUCGUAAUUUCUUAUGAAUGCAUUAACGAAUGACAAAAAUUGGCGUGAAACUAUUAUAAAGUACCGUAUAUAUUUACGCUCAUAUAUUAGAUUCUUCUGACUAAAGGUGCUUCAAAUUUUAAAAUCACAUAUAUACUGAAGCCUUCAUUUAAAAGAGGUAGGUACAUUGUGAUUUCCGGUAGAGCAUGUAAUACCAAAGCGCUUUCAGUCAGAAGGGUAUAAUAUUUAAGCAUAUGUCUUCUAAAUUGGGCAAUGAAUAAGAUGGGUUGUUCCAACCACAUUAGGUAAUAUUGAUAAAUCUUGUUUUUAUCCACUGCAGCACUGAAUGCUAUAGCUUAUAUAGAAGAUGCAAUCGUCAAAAAUUCUUAUCAAGUCGUCAAAACGAUAAAAAUACAAGUAGAUUUUAAAAGUCCGCGAGCAUGGACGGAAAAUCCUGUCUGCAUUGGUUGUCCCGUUUUCUUCGUCGAGCUGAAUUGUGAAUACUUUUUAAGGAAAUUUGCCUGGCCAAUCAGGUAACAGAAGAGCAAAAAGAACAGCUUGCUGAGCGAUGACAGUCCAGCCCAACUGAGUGCGUACGGGACAUACACACCCAAUACAGCGCUGCCUCCAAUAGAUGUACGACUAUGAAACUCAAGUAGAAAAGAUUUUUUAACUGACUAUAAAAUGUUCUAGUAUAACUGCACUACUUUUUUUUUUGUUUUUUUUUUUUAUCAUUGACUGCUCUUACUAUUCAGCUCUGAAUCGGUUCCGGGAUACCUGUGCCCGGCAAGGCAUUAGCAAUAGUCACUUAUGCUGAGCUCUUUAUAUGAGACAAGCGAACAGACGCAGCACCUUCUGUUAUCCGUCGAGAAAACUCAAAUCAGCUUUUUUCCUUGUUUACUAGAUGGAAAGCUGCUUGGCUUCGCGUCGGACUACCUCUUUCUUCUUCCAGCUGAUCUCGGUGUGUUGACAGUAAUACGACGGUGACUAAAGUAACUGCUAACAAGCUGCAACUAGCACUUAUAAUCCAUAUAAAGUAGCCUUUCUUGAUCUGCUGGUGAUUAAUAGAUGGAUUUU